GGCCGUGGGAUCACGUGGCUCAUUCCUGUUUCACUUCACGUGGAGAUCUAGUGAACUGAAUCUGAAUUAAACUCGAAUAAAUGUUCAGAGCAGAUUGCGCUAACAUUCACCAGAGAGUGUGAAGAUCAGACCGGAGAGAUCAGUCACUCGAGCUGCUGUUGUGCACGUGAUCAAGGUGCUGAAAUCAGUUGGAGAGAUCAGAUCGAUCGAUCAGGAUGGUGUUCUUCACAUGUAAUGUCUGUGGAGAGUCACUGAAGAAGGCUCAAGUGGAGAAACACGUGCUGAAGUGUUGCGGAUGUCAGGUUUUGUCCUGCAUCGACUGUGGAAAAGAUUUCUGGGGCGAAGAUUACAGAUACCACAACAAAUGCAUCAGUGAAGAUCAGAAAUACGGAGGAAAAGAUUUCCAGGCGAAGGCGAAUAAAGGCGACGUGAAGCAGCAGCAGUGGAUUCAGAGAAUCCAGGAGGCCAUGAAACGACCCGACGUUGACCCCAAACUGCAUCGUGUUCUGGAUCAGGUCAGCUCGUAUGAGAACGUGCCCAGGAAGAGAGCAAAGUUUCAGAACUGGAUGAAGAACUGUUUGAAGAUCCACAGCCCGCCUUUAAUCGAGCAGGUCUGGGAGAUCUUUUCAACGGCUGCCAGCAGCGAAAAUAACACACAAAAUAAGCAGACACUUGGUGAGUGUUCCGCUGAGAACCAAACAAAUCCUAAAGUGAGAUCAGAAGAGACCUUGAAGCAGAACGGACACGACACCUGUGCUGAGAAACAGAUGAGAAAGAAGAGGAAACGACAGACCGAAGAAAACCAUCAGAACACCGAAGAAAAGAGGAAGAAAAAACACAAGAAAAGAAAUCAAGAGGAGUGUGAUGAGAGUUUGAAUACAGAAGGGGAGGAGCCAGUGGAGCAGGAGGUGGAGGCUGAAUCAAAUGCUAAAGGGAAGUUUAAUUGGAAAGGAACGAUAAAGGCUGUUCUGAGAGAUGCUCCAGAUGAAGGGCUCGCUGUCAAAAAAAUGAGAAAGAAGGUUUUAGCUCAAUACUAUUCAUUCACCGGAAGCUCCAACUACAGAUCGGAGGAGGAACUUCUCGCUCUGUUCAACAAGAAAAUCAACAACAACCCAAAGUUUAAAGUCCUCAAAGAUAAAGUUAGACUUGUGAAGUAAUGCUGGUGUUUUAAUAAACGCUGUGAAUAACAGAA